GAUUUCGUUAGUUCUUGUUUACAAAAGUGUAUUCUGUUCAGUUUUUGUUUAUAAAAUUGUGUUGGUGAUUUAAAUCAAGUGAAUUUGGUUUCAUUUAUAGAGUUGCUUAUUUCCUCUCUUAAAAAGGAAAACAUCGAACAAACACAAACAUACAUACAAACAAAAUAAAGAGCGAUCAAUUGUCAAUGUGACAUUAGCGGUCUCGACUCGUGAUUCACAAAUCAAAAUUGAUAAUACAUUUCUUUUUUGCGAGUCAUUGUGAGAACUUUCUUUACUGCAAGUCUCCAGUUAGAUCUAUUUGAAUUUUCCAAAAAAAAAUAAAUAUAAAAUGGCACAUCGUAAUAUCAGCAGAUUGGUUAACAAAGUAGCUGUUAUUACUGCAUCCACUGACGGAAUUGGUUUUGCAAUUGCAAAACGAUUUGCUGCAGAAGGUGCCAAAGUGGUUGUGAGCAGUCGAAAACCAGAAAAUGUUUCAAAUGCUGUGAAUAAAUUGAAAAAUGAUGGUUUUUCGAAUGUGAUUGGUGUUAAAUGUCAUGUUUCGGAUGCAAAUGAUCGUAAAAAUUUAUUCGAUGAAACGCUUAAAAAUUUUGGUAAAAUUGAUAUUCUAGUAUCGAAUGCAGCGGUAAAUCCCGUUGUUGGACCUGUACUUGCUUGCCCGGAAGAUGCAUGGGAUAAAAUAUUUGAUGUAAAUGUUAAAGCAUCGUUUCUUUUGGCUAAAGAAGUUACACCAAUUUUACGUGACGAAACGAACGGAAGCAUCAUAUUUGUAUCAUCAUACGCUGGACUCAAUCCAUUCCCGUUAAUUGGAGCUUAUUCAGUUAGCAAAACAGCAUUGAUUGGAUUAACAAAAGCACUAGCGCAAAAUCUUGCUCCUGAAAAUAUUCGGGUUAAUUGUGUUGCACCUGGCAUUAUUCGAACAAAAUUUGGUUCAGUAAUGUACGAGUCGGAAACAGCACAUGAAGCGGCUCUAUCGAUGAUUCCGAUGAACCGAUUGGGUGAAGUUGAAGAUAUAUCGGGACUUGUUGCCUUUUUGGCAUCAGACGAUGCAGCCUAUAUUACGGGUGAAACGAUUGUGGCUGCCGGUGGAAUGCCAUCAAGACUUUAGAUAUGGGGCUAUGAUGGAUGGGUGUGGGACUUACAAAUAAAAAGCAUAUAAUUUUUUGAAAAAUAAAUAUAUAUUUUUUUAUUUAUCCGA